AUGGUGGGGGACGCGCAGGUGGGCAAGACGAGCCUCAUGGUCAAGUACGUGGAGGGCAAGUUCGACGAGGACUAUAUCCACACGCUGGGCGUCAACUUCAUGGAGAAGACCAUCGCGCUGCGCAACACGGAGAUCACCUUCAGCAUCUGGGACCUGGGUGGCCACCGCGAGUUCAUCAGCAUGCUGCCGCUCGUGUGCAACGACGCCGUCGCCAUCCUCUUCAUGUUCGACCUGUCGCGUAAGGCCACGCUCACGAGCAUCAAGGAGUGGUAUCGCCAAGUGCGCUCUAUCAACAAGAACGCGUUUCCGUUCCUUGUGGGGAUGAAGUACGACCAUUUUGCCAAUUUCGCGGUGGAGGAGCAGGAGGAUAUCACAAAGCAGGCCCGCAAGUUUGCUAAGGCCAUGAAGGCGCCGUUGAUUUUUACGUCGGCAUCGCACUCGAUCAACGUGCAGAAAGUGUUUAAAGUAGUGCUCAGCAAGGUGUUCGACUUGAAGUGCACGGUGCCCAUCAUCGAUCGCGUCGGCGACCCGAUUCUCCAGUACUAA